AUGGCCGCAAUUGCGACGCGCUCUUCGCGCCGUGGGGGCGCCGUAAACUAUGCCGAGCCAGGAUCGGGGGAUGAGUUUCCAGAUGCUGGGGCUAUCGAUUCGGACGACUCGGACUUUGUGGCCAGUGGAGGGACAAGGUCUGCCAUCCGCGCCGCACGACUUUCUACCCGCAACCCUGUGGGCACAUCCGUGUUUCGUGCGGGAAGCAUUACGCCGGUCGCACCGCCACCGCCGCCUCAAUCGCAACAACGCAACGAGCUCGAUCAGAGCUACCUUGGGAAAAUCCCUCCUUCAAAAUUCAUUACCGCGAAGCCCUUCGCACCCACCAAGCACGAGUACUUCGAGCCCGAAGAAAUGAGCAAGCAAGCGCUGAAGCCGAUUUCUCUGGUGCCGAUUCGCGUCGAAUUUGAGACCGAGACUCAUCGAGUACGAGAUUGCUUCGUGUGGAAUCUACACGAAAAUCUCAUCGCACCGGAGUCAUUCGCGCGGACAUUUUGCAUGGACCUCGACCUCCCGAUCAACCCUUGGGCGGAAACCGUCGCGAAUCAGAUCCGUGCGCAGUUGGAGGAGCACGAAGGCAUCGCGUCUGUAGACUUUGGAGUUGAUCCCGAGCGAGAAGACGUGAUGCCUCAGGGUGAGGAGGUCAGCGAGUGUCGGGUCAUCCUGAGCAUUGAUGUGCAGAUCGGCACCUACCAUCUCUCAGAUCAUAUAGAAUGGGAUCUGCUUUCCCCGCUGACACCGGAGACGUUCGCGAACAAGCUCUGCUCCGAGCUCGGUCUGUCCGGCGAGGCCGUGCCGCUGGUCGCACACGCGGUGCACGAAGAGCUCGUCAAGCACAAGCGGGAUGCGCUCGAGUGGGGCGUCAUUGGGGGAUACGGCAAGGAGACAGCGGAGGACGCCGACAAGCCGCGGGAUAAGAGCGGGCUGAGUCUGUUGAAGGACAAGACGGGGCUCGGGCUCGGGUGGGGACGCGCGCCGAAGGACGGGCGGGGCCCGAAGCCGCUUAGGAGCGUGUGGAGGGACUGGGCGGAGGCGGAGGAGUUUAGGACGCGUUUUGAGCUGUUGACGGCGGAGGAGGUUGAGCGGAGGGAGAUUGAGAGGGAGCGGGCUAGCCGGCGACUACGGCGCGAGACUUCGAAGUUCCAGUCGCAGGUGUACCUCAAUGCGACCGCUGUGCAGGUGGACAUGGCUGACCUUGAGAGCGUGGCUAGGUUGGUCACGGAGGUGGACGUGGUGAUCAGGGUCGCUGGGCACAACGUGCCCGUCCAGGUGCGUCUCAUUCAGGUUAGCAGCCCACUGACAACAGCUCCUGCAAACGCGACGCACGGGCCACGUCGAGCGUCGUGCAUGUCGCGCUGCGAGUCGCCCUCUCUUCACGCUCAUGCAACACAUCCUCGCGACCCCGACCUAUUGAGCCAAGCACAUCAUUCCCCAUGCCCGUCAAAUGCAGCCGCAAGAACACAGCACAACGCACAAGUACUGGGUGACAGCAAGUUCGGCCAACGUCCAGUGAUUCUACAGCAUUGCAUGCACCACACGCCGUCACCUCAUGGCACCACCCGACCACCACCGACUCCUUAG